GGUUUUGAAGUGCAGAUGCUAUUUAAAGUUGUAUGAUUCUCCUUUGAAGUCUCCAACUGAAGAAGAUGAUGAUGUGUUAAAGACUCCUGCCCAGAAAAAGAAAUGAAAAAACAGAGGAAGGCAGAAAGGGCUAAGAAAGAGGCAGAGGAGAGAAAUGAAGAAUCAAGUGCAAGUGGUAUGUCAAAGUCUGGGAAACGGCAUGUUAAACAUGUUGACCCAGAUCCACAGGGAGAAAAGUUGUUGCAGGUUGAAGAUCCUUUAUUGGAAGCAUCAAAAUACUUGAAACUACUUCAGAAGAACUUGCCUGACUCUUUGGAGACUCACUUGCUUUCCUUUGAAGUAAAUAUGAGAAAGCAGAAGAUUCUACUGGGCUUUCAGGCUGUAAAGCAUCUGCUAAGGUUGGACGCUGAGAAUCCUGAUUCACAUCGCUGCUUGAUUAGAUUCUUCCACAAGGUGGACUCUAUGUCUACGCCAGUUACGGAUGCUGAGAAACUUGUUUGGAGUGUUUUGGAAGCAGAGCGCCCAUUUAUCAGUCAAUUGAAGGAGAAUUCUCUGAUUGAUGCAAACAGAAUUUUCCUUGAUAAGCAUGCUGAUUCUCUGAUGCAUAGAGCAGCAGUUGCAGAAAUGUUGUCUACCUUGGAGCUUAACAAGAAAGAGGAGGCUGUUAAAUUAAUUGAAGCCUCAACCAACAAAGUUUUGCCAAUGAGUGGAGCACUUGGACCGGUCAUGGAAUGGAAAUUAAGAGACUGUAUAGCAGUCCAUAAACUCUUUGAAAAUGUUUUUACUGACCAAAAUGCUGCAUUGAGAUGGAAAGAGAGAUGUGCCAAACACUUCCCCUACUCGACCUAUUUUGGUGGCAAUCGCAGCUCUGCCGUGCACAAUUUAGGGAACAAACAAACAAGCAAGAAUGCUGCAAACGGGGGUUCAGACCAUUCUGAAAUCAGUCAAGCUGCAAAUUCCAUUAUUUCAAAUGGAAACCUCGAGGCAUUUAAGAAGCUUACCAUCUGAAGUCAAUACUAAUUUUGUGCUUCAACUGCCAUCAACUGUAGUCAACUGAGUUCAGUGUUGAACCUGCUUGAGUGAUGGAAUCACAAUCACAUAAGUCUUACUCGUCCAAGUUCUUCAGAGCUCAUCCAAGAUAAAUGAGUUUGUGCGUUCACGAUAAGGUUGGCUCCUUGUUUCCCCAAAUUGUUUGAAGUCAUUUCGUCUGAGGCGGAGCACUGCAGGAAAUUUUGGGUACUGAGUGCUGAUCCGAGGCCUGUUCAGAAUAGGAGAAUAAAGGCACUGCUCUUCUAUGGCUAAUCUUUUCUGUGGAUGUUGUACUACUCCGCCCUAUCGUGCUUUCUCAUGUAUAACGCUACGUAUUGUGGAAAAUUUCGCUUUGAGUUGUAGGAGAGCCGCUUUAACAUAUCAAGGCUUUUCAUGUUUCUCAUAUUUCUGUGGUGCUACUCGUGGCUUUCUUUGUUGCCAAAAUAGUUGAGCGGUUGUUAUCCCCAUUUUUGAUUUUUCUAAGACUCAAAUCCUCUGAGGAACUCAUGGCAGCCGGCAUUUAUCACU